CAUAACAUGACUUGCUUGUAUUAUUGUUACUUACAUUACAUGCGGUGUGGAAACAAGCUGUGACGACUACGCUAGGUACGGACAGUUUCCUUCCAAGGAUUGCAGACACCUGCAGAGGCUAUUCCAACGGGGUUGCACGUUGAUCUAUAGGAGUGUAUCUUUGAUAGCAAGCUUUGUUUCCCUGUCCUAGUCAAACUGCUCUUGCCUUUGCCCAUCUGAACCAUAGGGAGGUCUUACAUACGGAUUUAUUCGCAACCUCAUUGCUUUUAAGACGAGUUUUGUGGGUGGACUGAAGGAGCGGCGGCUUUCUGGUUCAGCGGCCUCGUGGAGCUGCUUGUCUUGGGCACGGCCCGCUUGGGCCGUGCCGCGACCUGAGAAGCCAUGAACAACUAUCACAUUUAUGAAAAGAUCGGCACUGGGAAACACUCCGUUGUGUACAAGGGCCGUAAGAAGAAAACCAUCAGCUACUAUGCCAUCAAGUCCGUUGAUAAAACGCAGAAGGCGCGGGUGCUGCAGGAGGUGCGCACCAUGCACGCUCUGGACCACCGGAACAUCCUCAAGUUCUACGCCUGGUAUGAGACCACCAACCACCUAUGGCUCAUCCUGGAGUUCUGUGUCGGUGGAGACCUCAUGUCGCUGCUUCGGCAGGACGUGCGGUUGCCAGAGAGCUCCGUGCACGACUUUGCCCGUGACCUGGUGACGGCGUUGCAGUACUUGCACAGCAAGGAAAUCAUUUAUUGUGACCUGAAACCGUCAAAUAUCCUACUUGACGAGAACGGUCGCAUGAAGUUGGGUGGGUUUGGCCUUUCCCGUCGACUGGCGGACAUCAACAAAAAGCCGCUCCAGGCCCUGCCGCAGGCCAUGCGCGGCACGCCCUGCUACAUGGCACCGGAGUUGUUCUCGGAAGGGGCCACUCACUCCACAGCAUCCGACUUGUGGGCCAUAGGGUGUGUGCUGUACGAGUGCUCCAUGGGCCGCCCGCCCUUCCUCAACUCCUCGUUCAACCAACUGGUCCACGAAAUCCUGAACAACGAGCCGCAGCCAAUCCCUGGUGCCAGUCCCGAGUACCAUGACAUGAUUGCGCGCCUCUUGGACAAGAACCCAGCCACGCGCAUUAAGUGGAAGGAGCUCGGCGAGCAUCCGUUCUGGCAGGUGCCGCUGCCCACACUGAGCCUGCCUCCUGAACCUGCGUUGGAGGCCUUUAUUGCACAGUAUGGGUUGGCACCCACAAAGGAGGAGAUACGGCAGUCAACCCGGGAUGGGCUCAAGCUCGACAAGGGGCGUACCAUGCGUCAAAGCGUGGACAUCACCCGCUUGUCGCGAAUUGCGCUGCAUAACCUGGAGCGUGAGGGCGAGGGCGCCGAUUACAGCAGCACAGCUGGGGCCGCAACAGCGGCUGAGUCGCAGCCCGGCGACAUUCGUAUUGACUCAGCGGACGCAGAGCUGGACUUUGAGGAGAACCGGGAAGAGGCUGCGGACGAGGAGAACCCGGCGUCUCCAGCAGCAAGCGACGACGGUAGUGUCAUUGACCAGGGGUCCGUCACGACGUUAUCGGAUGGCCGCGUAGUCAGCGCUACGCCGAACGACGCCAUGAUGGUUCGCGCAGCAGCGGCUGCAGCACACCAGGGCGGACAUGGAGCGCUCGGCGCCUCCAUAUCAACACGGCGCGGCGGUGCGGGAACGCCCGAUGGCGGCGGUGUAGGGAGUAGCAUGGCUGCUGCUGGCGGGGCAGGCCGCCCGCAGACGCGCGGCGGGGACGACAUGGCACGGUCGACGUCGGGUGCUGGGGCCAGCGGCCGCGUAGCGGGUACGGCAGUCGAUGUGGAUGCAGCUGCAACGGUGGCUUCGGGCUCGGGAGCGGCCAUGGAUGACGUGAUGCUAGUGGAGACAGGCCCGCUGGCGGCAGAUCGGGACGCGACGUCGCUAGACGAGCUGAUUUGGCAUCCCUCAGACACGGCUGUCAAGCCUAUCGUGGCUAACAGACGAAUAGAGCGGUUGCCGGAACCCCGCUACGACCCUGGUAGCCUCCCGUUCAAGCCCUGGUCCCUGAAGGAGAUGUUGGGAGCAGACCAGCCAGACCUGGAGGUCUUCCUCACGCACAUCUACAGGGCGAUCGGGAGCGCGGCGCCGCUGAAGGACAAGGUGAACGUGCUGAGCUACUUUGAGACGCUUUGCGUCGACACCAACGCCGCCAACGUCCUGAUCAACAGCUCGCUCACCAUGCUGUUCAUUCGGAUGCUACGAACCGCUCGCGCGCCGACGCUGCGCAUCCGGUUGGCUAGCGUGCUGGGUCUGCUGGUGCGCCACGCCACCUUCAUUACGGAGGAGCUGGCGGGCACUGGCGUUGUGGAGCUGCUCAGUGAGGCCCUCAAGGACAAGAAUGAGCGGGUUCGCCGGCGGGUAAUUGCCACGCUGGGCGAGCUGCUGUUCUACAUCGCCACGCAGCAGCAGGACACAGCGGCGGCAGGGAACGAGGACGGGGCGGCGCCCCCGCCGGACCCUGCAGCGGUGUGGGGCAUCUCCAGCAACACAUACACGCAGGUCAUCCGAUUGCUCAAGGACAAGGAGGACGAGGUGGCGGCGCACUACGCCGUCAAGACGGUGGAGAACAUCUGCAGCCAGGGAGGCGAGUGGGCGGCGCGCUUUACGACGCAGGACGUGGUGCUCAGUCUGGUGCAAAUCAUUAACGGGCCGGGACGCGGGGAGCAGCUCCGGGCCACCGCAGCGUCAACGCUGGCGCGCCUACUCAGGCACAGUCCCACCCUGACAGCACAAACAGUCGACAAGUACGGCAUUCGCCUCUUUGUCGGCUGCCUGCUUGAAGGCGCAUCCUCCUCACCCGCAUCCUCUGGCGCUGCCAACGGCGCCGGUGCUACCGCGGGCACCAGCGGCGCCAGCAGCAAGGUCCAAACCGCAGCUCUCAACCUGCUUAACCUCACGCUGGCCCAGCCGGACCUCUCCACCCGCGCUCGUGCCUCCCUGGCUGAGGAGCGCGGGCUGCUGCCGGGGCUGGUCAACCUGAUGGACCACUCAUUGCCGCUUAUCCGCGCCAAGGCGGUGGUCACCAUCAUGCUGCUUAGCAGGUUGUCUCCGCGCUGGCUUCUGGAGGCGUGCAAGGCCAAGCUGAUACCCGCCAUCGAGCGCCUGGCGCGUGAGAAGGACGAGUACCUAACCAAUGCCCUGACAGCGCUUCGAGCUGAGGCGGCGCGGGUGGUGACUGCCAUUGCAGCCGCCAUUUCCGAGGAGCUGGGAGGGCGGGGAGGCACGUCAGGCGGCGCACGCCGCAGCCCUGCAGUUCCGGCCGGCGGAGCAGGCGGCGCUCGGCCGCAGCCGUCCAAGUCGCCGCUCGCGCUGUUCCCUGUGCUGCUGCACCUGAUUACCAGUCCACACUUCCGCUCUGCGGUGGUUUCGGGGCAGUUAGUUGCAGACCUGGCGAGCUGGCUUACGAUUACUGCCGGGCCGGCGGCGAUCGGCACAAUGAGCGGAAGCGCUGCGCCUGGCGUGGCGUCGUCAUCGGGAUCGGCGGGGGCUAACCUCAUGGCCGACUUUAAGUCUACGCUUAUGCAUGUGUUGGAGGCCUUCUGCCAGCAAGGCGAGCUGGUGCUGCAGCACUACACCGCCGUGCUGAACUCCUUGUUGCCGGCCCUCUGCGGCGUCGUGAGCGCGGAGGGUGAAGGCGGCGACACGCGCUUCUUCUGCCUGCGCAUGGUCAGCGACGUGCUGCAGACGCUGCUGCUGGAUGAGGAGUUGUACGGCAGCGCGCAGCAGCGAGCGGAGGGCGGCGGCGGCGUGGCGGCGGCGGCCAUUGACCGCGUGCUGCGCUCGCACAUACUGCCGCUGGUGCCGCGGCUGUUGCGGGAUGAGGACCCCAUGCCGCUGUACGCGUUAAAGCUGCUGGGGGGCUUGCUGGAGAUCAACCUCUUCUACGUUGCGGACGUGGAGGCGAUGGGCCUGGCAGCGCAGUUCUUCGAGUUCCUGUCGCUCGAGCACUCGAACAACAACGUGCACAACAUCCGGCUCUGCCGCCAGAUCAUUGCUGCCGGGUCCAUGCCGGUCGCCAAGCUGGUCGAGCUGCAGGUCGCGGAGAAGGUGGCUGCCGUACUCGAGUACGCCAGCAACCACGUGGUGGAGCCCUUCCUGGAGCCCGUACUGGAGCUCGUCAACACCAUUCUGCAGCGAGACGCGCUUGAGGUCUCCCAGGGCCGCUCCAACGGCUCCCUGGCCGCCGUCUUCCUGGAGCAGGCGGGCGUGCUGCUGGACAACUGCGCGCACCCCGAUCUGCCCGUCUGCAGCUCCGCAGCAAGCGCCACCUCCAGCCUCGUGGCGCUCUUCCCAGAGCAGUGCGCGCCCUGGCUGCUGGCGCCAGAGAACGCCUCCGCGCUGGCGACCGUGCUGGCAGGGCAGCACCUGCAGCAGCAGCCGGGCGGGGCAGGCGGGCAGCAGGGCGCGGUGGCGGUGCCGUCAGCGCUGCUGCAGCCGCUGCUGGAGGCUGUGGCCUUGGCGCUUGAGAUGGGUGGUGCAGCGUCGCCUUCAGAGGAGCUGGUUCAGCUGUACAAUGUGGUUCAACAUGUAGCGGACAGCUCUCAGGACGUCAGCGUACGGACCAUAUCAGCGGAGGUAGCACGCACGUUGGAAACGCUGCUACAUUAGGCGGGGGCGCAGGAAGCCAAAAGCUGUUACGUCACGGGGGCAUGCAGGGGGUGGGGGCGAGCGAUUGUCACAGAUGCGUCAGGAGCAGGGUAUGAGCUCAGCCGCACGAGGGCGUGUCCUGUUACCGGAAUGUGUGUUGCGGAAGAAAUGUGCCUCAGCUGAGCUGGUGCGCGUGUGCGUUUGAGGAGUCUGGUGCUCAUGUAUGGUUUCUUUUUACUGGGUCUUACGCGCGGCGUUGUGGCGCUCGAGUUUCGUAGCCGAGGUCGAACAAGCGCGCUUGAGCGUUUUUGCGAAGCGUCGAUAGCGGUGUGCUACAUGAAAGCUGCGUAGGGGGCACUAACAUGGUUUUCCCUGGUUUCCCUUUGGACAUUGCACUGGGGUUAUAGGCCGGGUAGUCGAGGGGUCUUCAGCCGCAGAAGCUCAAGGCGUGGUGCGCGGCUAGGCGCCAAUGCCGAUCCUUCCCGCAGCGUGCAUUUACCUUUCCUAAUGGGGCGCACAUGACCGACGCACGCUGGCCUUAUAUUGCCUUAAUUCACCUGCUCCAUUGUGAGGCCCUGCGUACUUGCAAAAACCCAUUACAUUCACUUUGUUUCCAACUUAAGACAGGUCGUUUGUGGACGAUUAGUGAUGGUCCAUGGUUCAUGUCGUACGGAAAUAGAACGGUGAUGGCAGUACUGAGGCCCAGGACGAACCGUGCAGCAGGAGCGAACGAGGUUAGCAAGGUGUGUUUCUGUAUGGGUCAAUUGAGGCGGCGGAGUGGGUGAUUGGCGGUUUACACGGUUAGGCUAGGCAAUGUGCUACUCAACGUUCGACAUCUGGGGAUGGCUAUGUGCAGGUGCCAAUUUGCGGACGGCGUCACCAUCGUGCCGUGCCAACUGCAUCCUCUAGCCGUACCAAUUGCAAUUUACACCACAACCCCGCUCAAAGCCCGCUCGUUCAAACCCCGCUCGACUCCCUCGGUGGAACGUUCCUUCAAUGCCGCUGGCACUCCUCUUGUCACCACAACCACUCACGGCUGAACAGUUCACAACGACCCUCCUUGGAAACCUGGUAACCUAUAAACAAAGCAUGUUAUCACCGCAAGAGACGCUCGAACGGGAAUUGCUCACGCUCGCCUAACACUCCAUGCGUGACAACAAUGGGGCACACUACAACUUAUUGAAGGUUGACAGAAAACAAACUAAC